UCAUUGUACUGAGUCAGCGGCCAUGCGCAGACGGGUCCAGAGGAGGGCUGUGCUGCUGCUGCUGUGUAGGCUGUAGUCUACAUAAGCUCCCUCUAUCCCCGUGGGCACACAUACACAGUACGCAGCCGACCGGAGAUCUCAAGUGGCAUCUGGAGCCUUGACUUGCACAGACGACCUGAUUUUUUUUUAUUUUUUAAUUAUUUUUUCCCCCCUACGGAAGUCCAUGAUAGUGCGGCGGAAUCUCUCCAGUAUCCCCGGACCCUCCUUCUCUUAUUAAUGACUGACCAUCUCCGACCGCGGAUGCAGAGAGCUGCGACGAUGCGGCGGCUCUGCUGUUAACUCUCCGGACUCCCUUCUCUUUACUCUCUCUCCGUUUUUUUCCCUUGUUUAUUUUACCCCAUUUUGGGUUUUUCUUUUUUUUUUUUGCCGGGUUCUGCCAGAAACAGAAAAAAAAGGGGGGAGACUGGACACGUUCACAAUGAAGCUCAAACCGAACCAGACCAGGACAUACGACGGCGAUGGUUUCAAGAAGCGAGCGGCGUGUCUGUGCUUCAAGAACGAGCGUGAGGAAGAGGUUCUGCUGGUCAGCAGCAGUCGGCACCCGGACCAGUGGAUUGUCCCCGGGGGAGGGAUGGAGCCAGAGGAGGAGCCGUGCGGCGCGGCGGUGCGAGAGGUGUUCGAGGAGGCUGGUGUAAAGGGCAAGCUAGGACGUCUGCUCGGCGUGUUUGAGCAAAAUCAAGAUCGGAAGCACCGGACGUACGUGUAUGUGUUGACCGUCACAGAAACACUGGAGGCCUGGGAAGACUCCGUCAACAUAGGCCGUAAGCGGGAGUGGUUCACCGUAGAGGAGGCCAUCAAAGUGCUGCAGAGCCACAAACCCGUUCACGCCGAGUACCUGCGGAGGCUCCAGCUCAGCUGCUCCCCCACCAACGGAAACUCAAUCCUCCCGAGCCCGCCGCCAAACGACAACUACCCCCAUUACAGCGCUACACCCACUACGCCUUCGACAGGCGGCGUGCUGGGCUCCUCCUGCAGAUAGGACUGCACCCCCCGCCUCCUGUCCAGCUCGUCCUGCUCGGACAGUUUACCGAAAGUCUGUACAGUCUCUUGCAUGAAUCUAAUGACUUUUCAGAGUCGUGGCUCUCUUGUAUGUACAAUUUCUAAUGUUAGCUGCAGGACAGACCAAAGCCAUUUCCGGGACUGUGAUAAAAGACUGAGCGGGAGAAGCAGGCGAAGCUCACAUUUCAGACAGAGGUGAAAAAAAAAAAAAAACUGUGGAUAUGGCCGAUUCAGAACACUUUUCUUUUUGCUGGCAAACACAAGACUGGAGUCUGGGAGGAGGAAGCUGUACACUCUGCUGGCGUGAAUGACCUAGUGAAGGAAUGCCUUACUUUGUAUGAAUGUUGUAUUUUAUUUCUCUAAUGGUCAUUUUUAUUUUCUUUUAGCAGAGAGAAUAUGCAGUGUAGUCAAUAAAAGGUUAACUGACCCCAAAGCACAUCGGUGUGGGGGAAUUUUUCUCAACUUAAUAAUGUGAUGAGCAUCAACCCAUGAGGAGAAGAGCAAUUAUACUAUGAGGAUAUUAAUUUAAAGGAGACACUGACAUGUUUCAGAAAUAUUUGUUGUAAUAUAUAGUUAGAUUUUCUGGACAUUAAAAAUUAAUAUUUUACAGCAUUGAAUUGAUUGACCUAACCACUUCCUUUCAUUGCUUUUCAAAAUAAAACUAAACUGAAAGUAUUUGAAACAUGAGAACAAAGUGACAGUUGUCAUGGCAAAAGCUGUCGGCGAGCUGCUACCUCAGUAAACUGAAAACUGGAUACGAUCGUUCUGUGUCGCGACAUCCUCCUGUGACAUGGCACUGCUCUGUUUAUGUUUAACUUCAGCCAAGGCCUGCGGAGUUACGAGUCCUCUAACCUUGUCUGAUCCAAACACAUUGUUCUGUUGUUUGUUUAAAGCCACAUACCUUUUAGCGUUUCCCUGUGAAAGUAUUUAAUUGUGUGAAGGACACGUUUGCCUUCGGUGUUAUUCCGCAGGUCUAAACUCGCUGUAAAAAGUGGAUUUGCAAAAUUAAUGAAUGAAAAUGACAGUGAUUGCAUUUGUGUCAUCUCAUGGUGCUGCAAAGAAAUCUGAUUGUUUUUGUCCACAAGCAAUCAAUAUUGCUUGAAUCUAGGGCUGCAACAAAUGAAUCAGACAACUACUGUGUUUUUUUGUUGACCCAUGUAUUAAUGGUGUGGUCUAUAACAUGUUAAAAAUACCCAUUACACUGUACGUCGCAAAGUUGAUUUACAAAGACGGUGACGGCAUUUUAAUUUGGAACAUUUGGUGCUGUUUGUGUUUCUCCAUCCGAAUUAGAGACAAUAAUACACCCAAAAACAUUUAAAAUGAAGUGGAAAUUGUUAAAUAGGCGUUUGUUAAAAGAAGACAAAUCCAAAGAAAAGUGGCUCACAUUUCAGAUUCAUUUCAUUCUGCUAACUCAUCCUCAUAGAGUACCGACUCCUACUUUCUCCUGCUACGACAGCUGAAUGAUGACAAGUAACCAUACAGAGAUUUGUAAAUAGCGUUGAGGAGAGCCAUUGAAAUGUGUUUUUAACCUGAAUGAACCUGUAAAUUUUCUCUUGAUAUUUUAUAUAUUUUUUAACGAUGUACAAAAUGGCAGAAGACGACACGCAGAAACCCCCUCCCCCCACUAAGUAUGUACAGUACAGGAUGUUUGUAUCACACGUGACGAUGCACCACAGGUUUAGGAUGUGACGUUUGGUUUGUGUUGUGAUGAUGGAAGGAAUCGUGAAGUCGCGAGAAUAGAGGUUUAAGAGUUUCAGAAUGAGAUGUGCUGUGAAAAGCACAGAAUGAACGUAGGAUUGCUGGUAACCUGAAUCCUUAAACAAGUCUUUGAGAAAUUGGUAAAAAAAGGUGAUUUUCUUUUUGCAUAGCAUUUUGCUAACAAACGUGUGUUUGUUAUGUCCAACCAGUUGAAUAAGUAUUAACAAGGCAUAAAUAGAGAUAUGUAACAUUUUGGGAAAACAAGGCAGUUUUAAAAAGAGUAGUAAAGACUUGAAAAUGUUUUUUUUUUUUUUACACACAUGCAGGCAAUUUUCAUGUGAACAUUUUUGCUGGAGUUAAAGGACCAUUGUUUAGGAUUUAGCAUGAGCUAUUGGUAGAAAUGGAACGUUCAUCCGUCCAUGUUUCUACAGUAGCCCAGAAGGGACAAACAGGCAUAAAAGGCCUGCUUCGAAGCAAGUGUUUUAUUAAGUGGCUGCCACAACAUACCAUACAUGUUGGAAUUGGAGGAGUGUUCAUUUGGAUGCAAUCUGCAGCUUCACCACUAGAUGUCACUAAGUCAUUCACACUGGUCCUUUAAAAGAUUUGUCUUUCCAUUGUGAUACUGACUUUGUUUUCCCCCUUUACCUUCCCUGUCGUGCUGCUCUGUUACAAAAUCUUAUCUGCUGUAUCAUACACUCUGGCACACCGGUUCAGCUACCAUAACGCUUCAGCCUUGUUUGACCUGGUGUGUGUAUGUAUGUAUGUAUUACAGAUCGAUGAAUGUGAAAUAUGAUGUGCCAAAAUUAAAAAAAAUCUGUUCAUGUUCCGAUGGAAAAAAAAAAUCUUGACCUACAGACCUACAUGUCAGUGACUUUGUGAAUAAGGAACAUUGUUUCAAUAAGUCUGUUAUUAUUACUUCAAAAUAUAAUAAUUUAUAAUGUGAAGAAAUGUGUGUUUAGAGAUGGGCUACAUCCUCCAUUGUUUGAAUCAUGCCUAGUCACUUAGUGUUUACCCCACACUGUUUUAAAAUUCACUUCAUGCUCAUGUAAUUGAACAUGUAAGACAAUACAAAGAUUUGUUUAAUUUGAAAUUGUCAGUCGUGUUGUUUCAUAGCUUAACGUCAGCUUGCUGCUGACUGAAACACCUUCUUCCUCCACUUGCUGAAGUGCUGUUAGAUGCUCGGGUCUUUGCUGAUCUGUGACUGGUCAGACGAGGAAAAGAUUUGUCACCUUUUGUCUGAAUAUUAUGCACAGGAAAGUUUAAUGUGAAAGUGAUUUAAAGAAUUGUACUGGAAAGAUUGUUUCUGAGAAAAGAUUGCAUUAAAGGGGAAAAAUCUUACUGUAA